AUGGUCUCUCACGAGUUCAGGCGAGUCCCGCCUCCUCAGGCCUCCAUGGGCCAUCGGCUCCCCCAGGACCGGGCCCAUAUCAAACAAUGGCUCGCCACCAAGCUGGAACAGCUCGAGAAGAGGCGACAGCUUCACAAAAAGGCCUCUGUCACGCUGGACCCCAGCAUCGUCGCCCUGCAACAACUCGUCGCGGCCAGCCCCAACCUCACCAAACUCUCUAGUGACAUGUUCACCCAGAUUCCCCCUGCCUACAAGGACGACCCUACUGGCAAGCCCCAAGUUCGUGAUUUCGACACGAUGCUUGGACUCGUCGACAUGAUUCUCAAAGAGGGACCACAAUGGUUUGACAUUCAGGACCCGCCGACUGCCAUGGGGUUGAUCGGGUUUCCCAUCAACGCGAUUCUGGACUGGCCGAUGGGCACCUUAGCGGGUUACCUCUUUUUCUUGGACAGCCAGGUCAACAGCAUGUGGCGAGGCAUCCUGAACGUCUGGGGCUCAUUCCUCGAGAGUCCCGCGUCGACCAGUUGUCUCAACGAAACCAGUGGGUGGCUUUCUGCUGAUGCUUUGAACAUUCUAGCCGCCAAGGGGAAUGAUGGCAAGACAGAUUACACAUUCCAGCAGCUAUAUGUCUGCAACCCGUCCCUUCCAUUCUUUGGGUUUGGUUCCUGGGAUCAGUUCUUCACUCGAAAGUUCAACCCUGGGAUCCGGCCCAUCGCCUUUCCGGACAAUCAACCCACAGCAGAGCAGCCGGAUCCGACGCGAGUCAUUGUCAAUGCUUGCGAGUCGACACCUCUCCAAUUCGCCACCAACGUCAAGCUGCACGAUACCUUCUGGCUCAAGGAGCAGCCGUACUCUUUGGCUGAGAUGCUGGACAAUCAUCCCUGCACCGAGCAGUUUGUGGGUGGAUCGGUGUAUCAGGCAUUCCUGAGCGCCCUGUCGUAUCACUGUUGGCACUCGCCGGUAUCUGGGAAAGUGGUGGCCAUUCGCCAGGUGCCAGGGUCGUACUACUCGGAGAACCUCUCGCAGGGUUUCGAUCCAGGAUCACCCGACGCCGCCGCCCCGAAUAACUCCCAACCGUAUAUCUCGGCCGUGGCAGCACGCGGAAUCAUUUUCAUCCAAGCCGACAACCCUCAAAUCGGACUGAUGGCCAUCGUGUUCAUCGGCAUGGCGGAGGUGUCUUCCUGCGAGUUUACCGUCAACGUAGGGGAGCGGGUUGACAAGGGCCAGUCGAUUGGUAUGUUUCACUUCGGAGGCUCAACCCACUGCAUGAUAUUCAGGCCGCAGACGAAUUUGUUCAGCCACAACUUUGUCAACCCGCCGCCAUGGGACCCUAAUGCCUCGACCAACCUACCUGUCUGUAGUGCGCUGGCUGUGAUAACGCCGCCUUCAGGUGGCGAUUGA